AAACUUGCCUGCAAAUGGUCCCAUCGAUCCAUUCCUCCUUUAUAUACUUCAGGAAUUAAACCAUUAGUGUUCAUCAUUGAAUUCCAUGGCUAAUCUCAUGCUAUUCCUCCUCAUUUCAACCUCUCAAUUUCUCUAUGCAACAUCAAACAAGACUCCAGAGCCUUAUGUUGUCUAUAUGGGAAGCAUCAAUAACAAGAAGGAUACAUCACAUUUACAAAUGCUAUCUACCAUAAUUCCAAGUGAGGAAAAGGACAGAGUGACACUAAUCCACAGUUAUAGCAAUGCAUUCAAAGGGUUCUCUGCUAUGCUAACAGAAGAAGAAGCUGCUCAAUUAUCUGGGGAAGAUGGAGUUGUAUCAGUGUUCCGUGACCAAAACCUUCAACUUCAUACAACACGUUCAUGGGAUUUCUUAGAGUCAGAAUUUGGCUUUGGCUCACAGAAAUUUCAGCCAAGAUUUGCCAGCGAUGUAAUUAUUGGCCUGGUUGAUACCGGUAUAUGGCCAGAAUCUCCAAGUUUUGAUGAUACAGGGAUGAGUGAAAUCCCUUCAAAAUGGAAAGGAGUUUGCAUGGAAGGAAUUGAUUUCAAGAAAUCAAACUGUAACAAGAAGCUCAUAGGAGCCAGAUACUAUGGCAACCAACCAAGCUCAAUUCACUUACCAUCCAAUGGCACAAGCACAACACCAUCCCGGGGAUCUCCAAGGGAUGAUGUAGGCCAUGGAACACACACGGCAUCAACAGCAGCUGGUACAAUGGUCUUGAAUGCAAGUUACUACGGUCUUGCACAUGGUGCAGCUAAAGGGGGUUCUCCAUCGAGUAGGCUUGCAAUGUACAAGGCAUGUUCGAUAGGCGGUUGCGCAAGCUCAGCUGUGCUUAAGGCUAUUGAUGAUGCAGUUAGUGAUGGUGUCGAUAUAAUAUCGAUUUCCAUUGGCAUGAGCUCAAUGUUCCAAUCAGAUUUCCUUAGUGAUCCCAUUGCCAUUGGUGCGUUCCAUGCAAACCAGAAAGGUGUUUUGGUGGUGUGUUCUGGUGGAAAUGAUGGACCAGAUCCUUAUACUGUGAUCAAUGCAGCUCCUUGGAUACUAACUGUUGCUGCAUCCAGUAUAGAUAGGACUUUCCAAUCUAGCAUUGUUCUUGGCAAUGGAAAUGUGAUAAAGGGAAUUGGCAUUAAUUUUUCUAAUCUCACUCAUUCUGCAUCCUAUCCACUUGUCUUUGGUGGAGAUGCUGCUGCACAAGAUACACCUGCCUCUGAAGCAAGCAAUUGCUAUCCCGGAUCUUUAGAUUCAAGAAAGACUGCAGGAAAGAUAAUUGUGUGUGUGGACAGUGACCCAUCAGUCACAAGGAAAGUAAAGAAAUUAGUAGCUCAAGAUGCUCAAACUAAAGGACUGAUUUUGAUCGAUGAAGUGGAAAAAGGAGUUGCUUUCGACUCUGGCAGUUAUCCAUUCUCAGAAGUCGGGAACAAGGUCGGAGUUCAAAUACUGAAAUACAUCAACUCUACCAAAAAUCCAGUGGCCACCAUUCUUCCAACUGUGGAUGUCACUGGGUAUAAACCUGCACCAGUUGUUGCAUACUUCUCUGCUCGAGGUCCCGGAGGGCUCACUGAAGGCAUUCUAAAGCCUGAUGUCAUGGCUCCUGGAGUAAGCAUUCUUGCAGCUUCAAUCCCAUCAAAAGAUAUUGGAACAGUUCCAGAUGGGAAAAAACCAUCAAACUUUGCAAUUAAAUCAGGAACUUCAAUGGCAUGCCCUCAUGUUGCCGGUGCUGCUGCAUUCAUUCGAUCAUCACAUCGAAGAUGGUCUCCUUCCAUUAUCCGAUCAGCAUUAAUGACGACCGCCAAAACAUCAAAUAACCUCGGAAAACCACUGACAAACAGCUCAGAAGGCAAUGCUAAUCUUCACGAGACUGGAGCCGGAGAAAUAAGCCCAGUAAGCUCUGUGAGGCCAGGCUUAGUUUUUGAAACUACAACAGAGGAUUACUUAUACUUUCUUUGCUACUAUGGAUACAAAGAACAAGUCAUUAGUGCCAUGGCAGGCACUAAAUUUAGCUGCCCAAGAAACUCUUCGCCAGAACUCAUCUCUAAUAUCAACUAUCCUUCAAUCUCUGUUUCUAAGGUUGAUGGUACCAAGAACACAGUGAGUGUUACUAGAACUGUAACCAAUGUUGGCCCUGGGAACUCUACUUACAGUGUAACUGUGGAAGCACCAAGUGGGUUCAUUGUCAGAGUUUCACCAGAGAAACUGGUUUUCAAUAAGAGAUGGAUGAAGGCAAGCUAUGAAGUUAGCUUUGAUGUUAAGGGUGCUAAGAAAGGAUAUGGAUUUGGAUCAUUGAUAUGGUCUGAUGGCGCUCACAUUGUUAGAUCUGUUUUUGCUGUGAAUGUUUUAUAGUUUGAUUUUUGUUUGAUUUUUUUUUUCCUUUUCACUUUUGCUUUGUGUAUUUUUACCCUGUUUAUGGGUGUUUAAAUCCUUAUGUUACGCGUGCAUUUCGGUCACUCGGUGGCUGAUUUUUUUUUUUCAUAAAGGUGUGAGGAAGUGGACA